GAUAUGACAUUGAUUUCUUUCUUCAACCAAGCUACUUGAAACUACCUACAGUAAUGCCGUACAAAGCUCCCUAUAUUUUAGGCUAUUACCGUACCUACUCCCUACUAGCUGCUUAGAUUACUCUUAAUCGGACUAAUCAAUCGAUUAUUUAGCUCUAGGAUAAAACCAUCAAAACCUCAUAUCAUAUAUCUCAUCAAACAUAAACAAACCUCCAACCUCCAACCUCCAACCCCCAACCUCCAACCUGCGCACAAACCCAAAAAUAUACAUAAACAUGUCGACUCCCCAAAAGCCCAAAUCAAUCCUAAAGCAAACCGCCUCCUACCCCGCCACCUCCAACACCCCCAAAACCACCCAUCACCCACCCAUCAAAACCAAAGCCGAGCGCGACCGCGAAGUAGCUCUCUACCACGCGCGCCUCAUCCAAGAACGCAAAGAAAUCGAACUAGAAAUCCUAACCUCAACCGAAGAACUCAUUGAUUUCCCCCUCGAAACCGCACCAUAUGAUGCCUCCAACCCAUCGCCGUCAGACGCGCAAGCAUUCAAAGAGAUGCUUCGACCCUUUCAACCCAGCGAUUAUGAUGCCCUAAUUCUCGAGCGUAACCUCGAUAGUCGCUGCGGGUACACGUUGUGUGCCAAUCCUCGACCUCGGGAUAAUAAAGGGGGACAAUGGAGAUUGUUGGGGAUGUCGGGAAAGGCAAAGGAUUUUAGAAUUGCUAAGAAAGAGGAUGCUGAGAAAUGGUGCUCGGAUACUUGUGCCAGGCGUGCUUUGUAUAUUCGGGUUCAACUGAGCGAAUGCCCGGCCUGGGAAAGGAGUGGUGAAAGCUCUGCUACGAAAAUAGAUCUACUGGAUGAACCCAAGACGGAGGAGGAUUUGGUUAUGGAUGGAAUCGGGAAUUUGGACUUGAACAAACAAGAGGCCCAAGAGAACCAGAGAAAAUCUGGAAAUCUUGCAUUAGAGAGGGGAGAAACUGGUCAAGAGUCGAGGCACGUUACGAGUUUCUCCAUAAUAGAGAAAGAGGUCAAGCUGGGUGAUGUGAAACCUCCAACGCUCGACUCGAAUGAUCUUUCUGAAAGGAUGGGUACAUUGCAUUUGGAUCUCGAGGGCCAUACAUCUACAUUUAAACCUGGGAGCAGAUACGGAGAUUUAUUCGGAGAAAAUGAUGACGAUGAUGACACUGAAAUGGAUACAGAUUGGAAAAUAUGAUUGUAUUAUUUGGAGUUAUGGAGCUCAUGGCGGAAGGACUAAAAUAUGAUACCCCUAAGUUUGUCACGAUCAAUGACAUAGAUUAACCUAACCAAUCCUUAUUGGUGAAGUUCAAUUCCAAGCGUGAUUCGACUUCCGUAAAAUCAAGACGGUAACUAAAUCGAGCACGCAAAACUUACCACUGAACAGGACGAAUCGCA